AGCAGGCGGGCGUGAAAAAGAACAUGGCUGCGAGAAAUUUCUUGAUACUUUUCUGUUUCUUCAGCCAUAGUGCUCUAACUUGGGCAACUCUACCAUAUUGUGGAAGUGAUUCUUAUAAAUACACCCCAUUGCAAAGGGGAGACAAUGGAAAAGAAUAUACCCUCAAACAAGUACAUGUGAUAAUCAGACACGGUGACAGAACAAGAGCAGAAGCUGCUCCCUGUUGGGCUAAUGACACGGCUGUGUGGGACUGCCUAUUGACGUCUGCUUCUCUGCCUGUCAUCAAACAUGACAUCCAUGAUAUAACAGUGGACAGGAUCUACAGAGAUGUUUACAUACCUGGUCGUAAUGACAUGAAAGGUGAUUGUGGUUUGGGUCAUCUGACUUCUAAGGGAUACAAACAGGAGGAGGAUAAUGGAAAGAAUCUGCGCAAAGCAUAUGUUGAUACUGGGUUCCUUUCCCCCAACUACUCCAAUCGUGAAGUGUUUUUUCGAACAGAUGAUAUGUCAAGAACAAGACAGUCUGCUCAAGCUCUGGCUAUAGGUAUGUUUCCACCCUCAACUCCAUUGUCAGGCAAAUCUCAAGUUGUCGACAUUAAUGUGAUGGACAAAGAAUUUGAUGACAUAGAACCAAAUCCCAAUCUUUGCCCUAAGUUAAAUCAAUAUCGGAAAGAGUUCUUUGCAUCUGAGUCUUGGAAACAGCAUUACAAUGAAAUAACUGAACCACUAAUGGCCGAAGUUGAAAAAGCACUUGGUCUCACAUACAAACUGACACCCGUGGGUUUGUUCCACAUAUCAGACUGCCUUUUUGUCCACAUUUGUCAUGGGUUCCCCAUCCCACCCAGUGUAUCUUCAGAGCUUGUGGAGCGCGUUACCAGCGAAGUAGAGUACAUGUGGUAUGCCACCUUUGAAUACCCUACCAUACAGGAUCACGCCAAAGUGGGCAUUGGAUUUCUGAUCAGCGAGAUAUGGAUGGCGAUGCAAGAAGCUAUGGAAGAAAGUAAAGCAAGAAAGUUUUAUCUGUAUUCUGGCCACGACUCCACAG